CACAGUCCAGGUACACAACAGGUAGCUGAUCUCUUUGCUCUUACUUUAAUCAUUUAUCACUCUUAUACACCGAACGUAUUCCUUAACAGCCGAACACUGCUCAGAUUUUAUUCUCAGAUUUGAAAUUCAACUGCAGAAGGAUCAUCAUCAUGACUCCAGUUUUCCUCUUCCUCCUCUUCCUCUCGGUUCGGGCUGCUCCUCCGGGUUUAACCAAUGACGUAGAUGAAAUAGACGAGUCUUCAGACAUCUCUGAAAUCAUCGAGAGAGCCAAUGAAGGAAUAUCAAUGAGACUGGAGCACGGAGACAUUGUGCCAAAUAACGACAGGAACGCCGUCCCCUGCACCGCCACGGGCUGCAAGUGGCCGAAGACUGGACGCUACGUCUACGUGCCAAUCUCCAUCUCCACCAGUUACUCCACUGAAGAGCGAAGCCUCAUCAUUAAUAGCCUGGUGAGCUUCCACCAAUCCACCUGCAUUCGCUUUGUCUGGAGGAAAAAUACCCAUCGGGAUUACAUCAACUUCUUCUCUGGAUCUGGGUGUUACUCCUCUCUGGGCCGUCGGGUCGGUGGACAGCAGCUCUCCCUGAAGAGGAGGGGUUGUUUGUACAGGAACACGGUGCAGCACGAGGCUCUCCACGCUCUGGGCUUCCACCAUGAGCACGUCCGCUCAGACAGAGACAGCUACGUCUCCAUCCUCACCCAGAACAUUCAGCCAGGAAAGGAGGAAGCAAACUUCAGGAAGGUGCAGACUAACAACUUGCGUACGGCCUACGACUUCAACUCUGUGAUGCAUUACGGCAAGUACGCCUUCAGCAAAAACAACAAGCCAACCAUCGUUGCCAAGGGCAACCCUAAUCUCUCCUUCGGAGGCGCCACACAGAUGAGCGCCAAUGACAUCGCCCGUGUCAACAGGCUUUACCAAUGCUGAGGGAAAGCGUCGAUCCCCAGUCCCAGCUUGUCAUGAUUACACCAAAGGCCCAGAUCUGUUGUACUGCAGGAGUAUUAUUUCAAAGAAACAGAAACUUGCAACAAGUCAGUGAAGUAGUAGUAGUAGUCUCUUCAGCUCCAGUCCUGGCUUUAUGGCUGAUAUACUGAUGUAUAAUAUGAACAGAAAACUUCAGCUUGUCUAAAAAGCUGAAAGAGGCCAGUUGAGGAGGAGGCAGAUCUUUGACUCUUUGUUUCAAAAAAGACCAGACUGCAGAGUCACCUGCUGGAGGUUGAUGGUAUUACAUAUCUUUCUGCUGAGGUCAGACAUUUUACUUCUUUAUUGGUUUUAAAAUACAAACUUUAUGAUUUUAUUUUAUGAUGUUUUUUUACUGAGUGGACUCACAAAGAGCCAAGAGACUGUGAUUUGAUUCGAUGAUUGUUAAGGAUGUUGACAGACACAGAGCAUAUUAAUAAUUACGAAACAGUCAAGUCAAAAGGAUAAAUGUGUUGUUAUGAAGCAUUUUGAUCUUAUAACACAAUAAUGGAAAAAUAUUAUCCUAAUCCUUGUGUAUGUGAUAUUUGUAUUUUUAGAUUAGUUUUUUAUGCGUAAAUUGAUCAUUUAUGUGUAUUUCUGUUUGUACAUUCACUUGCCUUAAAUUGCCCCUUGAGGAAUGAAUAAAGCAUUUUGAAUUGAACUGAA